CAGGGCGGCAUGCUUCACAGAACGUUGGGCCCGAGCAGCGCAUUCUUGACGAAGGGCCGAUGGUGUUAGGUCAUGAACAGCGUUUCUCCUGAUCAACCACCGCAGAUUCACAUCGAGAGACCGCCGACAGACCCCGAGAGGCAAGCCAAGCGACUUCCCAUCCGUAUUAUCAGGAUGUUGAGUGCCCGCAGCCAGCAUAUGCUUCGCACGGAGUACUUGCAGCCGCUCCAACCGACCACGCUGGACGCUAAGAAGAGCCCCCUCGCUCUCCUCGCCCAAACAUGCAGCAGUAUUGGCAAAGACACUGAGCUCCCGUCCAAACAAGCUUCGUCUUCUAUCGAGAAGGACCAGCGUACCUCAUCCGCUUCUCCGUCGAAAUCUUCUGUCGUGGACGGGGAUAAGUCCUCUUUCAAACCGUACAAGAAGGAGGAGAAGACCGAGGGAGAGUCUUCCAGCAAGUCGGGUUUCCACACCCCAAACAGCGCAGCGGGUAGCACGGCUGGAGACAAAACACCAGCCGGGUCCGAACACGAGUCGGAGAGGAAGACAGAGAACACUUCAACGUCCACGGUUACGUCAAGUUCAACGUCGAGUGUCGGCGUCAGUCACAGUCGAAUCAACGUGAGUUGUGGGGGCAUGUUCGUGGAGGUCAACCACCACGAGACCAACUCAGGCGGAAACUCGACCGAGAAGAGCAGCCUGAGUGUCCAGCCGAGUCAUCUGUCGCCCAGCUCGCCAAAACCGGGACAUUCGUCGAUCGCACCCCACCUUCCGGGCGCACUUCCCUGCGGAGCCGGGUGCGCCUGUGGUUCGGGAUCGUCUCUCCUCGACCCGUCCAAGGGAGCCAUGACAGCGCAGCUACCGAGCACCUUGCCACCCAGCAUGGCCGCGGGGAAGCUGGAUGCCAGUCCGCUGGCCGGGGGCACCGCUCCCAACCCCUACGCCUAUGUGAAAACGUCCACGGGUGCGACGGCUCUCAUGCCUAUCUGUAGGGACCCCUACUGUACGAACUGUCAGGGCGCACAGUUUGCGGCAGCCGGGUGCAAACAAUGUACCCACGACACUCCCUACCCCUCUCCCUUCCCCUACCUACCCCUCGGGCACCCAGGACUAUACUCCGCGUCAACUAGCAUGGCUGGUGCCCCGGGUCUCGGGACGCCCCUGUACUCACCCUACAGCACCAUGCUGCCCCACGUCUGCAACUGGGUCUCGGGGACCAGCAGCUGCGGGAAGCGCUUUGCCACCUCGGAGGAACUUUUGCAACAUUUGAGAACGCACACCAUGUCGGGGUCUCAGGCCGGCUCCCUGUUCACCCCCUCCCUCACCAGUUCUGCCCUGAACGGGUGCCAUCUUCACUACCCCUCGGCCGCCAGCGCGGCAGGACUACUUCGCCCGGGGUACCCUACGUCUCCUGUAAACGGACUUCAUAGUUACAGGUACCACCCAUACAAGCCACCCAUGCCGACAGGGGCCCCGCCAUCGCUUGCCAUGCCUUCCCUCCAACUCCAUGCACCCACCCCGGGCGCGUUCUACUCACCCUACGGGCUAUACGCGGCAAGACUCGGUGCCCCGACAGUGGGAUAUCCUUGACCAAACCGACCGGAGACGAACAUAUGAACUAUAUGAAUUAUGAAAGACAUUGAUGAGUAGAGUAUAUUGAUGUAUAAAGUUUCUGUACAGUGAUUUAAAAAGAGAGAAAUGCUUUAUUUGCCCAAAAGACUCUGCCCCAAGUUGUGACAGAACACAGAACAGCUUUCUUUGUUGAACCAAGCCCUGUCAAGAUAAACAUGCUUUAGUCUUUAUGCGCUACUUGUUAAGCUGCACUUUGUUCACAAGUACAGUUUUUACAACCAGAUCCUGUAUUCUGAUUCCUUUUUAUCUCAACUUGUAAAUAUUUGUUGCUAGAAUUGCGUUUGCUGUCUCCAGCUUUGUGUUUCUUUGUGAGUUGUGUAUUUAAAAAGGUUGAUUCGAACACACUUGUGAGUUAUGCUAUGAAGGCGUUUGUAUUUUUGUACUGUUUCAAAGAGCUUGGUAAGAGAUGCUGAGUAAAUAUGCUACUGGUUGGGUAGUGGCUUAUGUAAUAUGGAGCAGUGUGAAUCAUUGCGGUUGGUCGCAUUAAAUAUUUCGCUGAAUCUGAA